AUGAAUCAGGAUGAAUUACAUUUAUUAAAUAAUACUCAGGACUCAUUGUAUUCUGAAUACUUAAAAAGUUUAGAUGAUUCAAAUUUAAUUAAUCAUAUACACUCCCUAAGGCAAAAACAGGAGGAAGUGCAAGGUGAAUCAACUCCGAAAUUAGAUAGUACUAUAUUAUCAAGUACUACUAGUUCGGACCCUUUUAAUGAUGGUUUAGAUGAACAAUUAAUAUCAAUAACUAAGCAUGAAUCAGAUACUGAAUCUGAUUUUUCGAAAGAGUCACCAAAAGAUGAAGAAACAGUCGGUAGAAUGCAUUCAUUUGAUGAUUAUAAAACUUAUUUUGAAGCUAAAAUUUUAAAACAACAAAAGAAAGAUGAAGAAUAUAUAAAAUGGGAUCAAAAAAGAAGAGAAAAACAAGGUUUAAAUGAUGGUAAAAAGCCAGCGCAAAUAUUUCAGGGUUGUUCUAUGUUUGUAAAUGGUCAUACUAAUCCUUCUAUUAAUCAAUUACAUAGAAUGAUUAUUUUACAUGGUGGUAAAUUUGUAAAUUUUUUAGUUAAUAAAUCUGUGGCUACUCAUAUUAUAUGUGAUAGAUUAACUCCUAAAAAAUCAAUUGAAUUUAAAAAUUAUAAAAUUGCUAAAGCUCAAUGGGUAGUUGAUUGUGUUGAAAAACAAGAAUUAUUAGAUUGGAAAGAUUAUAGAUUAAUUUCAGAAGUUGCAUAUGAUCAAACUAGAUUAGAUUUUAAAAAAGCAAAUGAAGAAGAAGAAGAGGAAAAAGAAGAGGUAAGUGAGGUUGAAGAUGAAGGUGAAAGUUUUCUUGAAAAAUCUCAAAAGCGUGAACAAGAACAAGAAGGAGAAGUAUUAGAGGAAUCAUUACCUGUUUUCAAUGAACCCCCGCCCAAUUCAGGAAAAGGUGUUCAUCAAGUCAAUAAUAAAUAUAUUCUAGAUGCAAGACAUCCUGAUUUUUUACCUAGUUUCUUUGCAAAUUCAAGAUUACAUCAUUUAAGUGUGUGGAAAGCAGAUUUAAGAUUAAAAUUCUUACGUAAAAUCAUUAAAGAAAAUUUACAUAAAUCAUCAUCACAAAUUCAACAUCAACAUAAACAACAACAGUUAAAAUCCGAAUUACCUAACAAAUAUAUCAUGCAUAUUGAUUUUGAUUGUUUUUUCGCAACUGCCUCAUGUUUAAAAUAUCCAAAUUUAAAUAUUAAUAAAGAUCCAAUUGCAGUAGCUCAUGGUGGUAAAUCUUCAGAUGUUGCAAGUUGUAAUUAUAUUGCAAGAUCAUAUGGGAUAAGAAAUGGAAUGUGGUUAAAAAAUGCGAAACAAUUAUGUCCAAAUUUAGUUAUACUCGAUUAUGAAUUUGAAAAUUAUGAAAAAUUUUCAAAUGAAUUUUAUAAUUAUUUAAUAUCUGACAAGUUAUAUUUUGAUACAAUUUUCCCAGUUUCAAUAGAUGAAUGUUUAAUUGAUAUAACAAGCUAUAUAGAAACUAAUGGAGUUGAAAAAAUUAAAGAAUUGGCUGAAAUGAUACGAUCUCAUGUUUUUAAAUUGACUAAAUGUACUGUUAGUAUAGGAGUUUCAUCAAAUGUAUUAUUAGCUAAACUUGCCCUUAAAAAAGCAAAACCAGAUGGAUUUUACUAUUUACAUCAAAAUAUCAAACAAUUUCUUCAAGAUGUUCCAAUUAAAAAUUUACCUGGGUUUGGUCGAGGUAUUAUUGAAAAAUUACAAAUUGAAAAUACCAACCCUAAAGUUUCAGAUAUUAGAAAAUUUUCACAACAUAAAUUAAUUAGAAUGUUGGGUCAUCGUACCGGAAUGAAAUUAUUUGAAUUUUCAAAAGGUAUAGAUCAUUCAAGUAUUGAAACUGAUUUAAAUAAUCCAGAAGCAAUGUUGGGGAGAAAGUCUAUAUCCGUUGAUGUUAAUUUUGGUAUUCGAUUCGAUUCAGUUGAUGAAUUAGAUGAUUUUCUCAUAAGGUUGAGUAAAGAAUUAUAUAAUAGAUUAAUUAAUGCAGGGAUUUGUGGAUCUCAAUUGACUUUAAGAUUAGCUAAACGUGCUCCAAAUGCAAGUUAUGAAACUGCUAAAUUUUUAGGUUUAGGUGAUUGUGAGUUCGUCAAUAAGACCUCAAGAUUAGGAGUUGAAACUAAUGAUUGGGGGAUAAUUGGAAAUGAAAUAAAGACAUUAUAUAGAAUGUUAAAUAUUCCACCAAAAGAAUUAAGAGGUAUUUCAAUAACAAUGACAAAAUUAAAAGAUGCUGAACAGGUGACUAAAAAUAGACAAAUGAAAUUACCAUUUGGAAAGAUUAAAAAAAUUGAACCACCAAGGGACAUCAACCAAUACAAAAAGACAACAUCACCUGAGAAACCACCCUCGGAAUUUGAAACUCCUCAAACGUCACCUACCAAAUUACCAAGAGCAAUUUCUCCAAUGAAGGUAACACCUUCCAAGGUUCAAUCUAGAGUAGAUAACAAAUUAGUAUUUUCAAAAACUCAAAUUGAAAAUCGAAAGAAACAGAAAAGUUCAGAUGAUGAUAUAAAUAGUAUAGACUGGGAAGUAUUUCAAUCGUUACCAGAAGAUAUUAAGAAAGAAUUAGAAGGUGAAUUAAUUAGAAGAGGGUUAAUUCCAGCCCCGGCAAAACCAAUAAAACAAAAUCAAAAAGUAUAUUUACAACAAUUAAUACCUACUCAAAUUAAUAAACCACCAAAAUACGUAAGGAUCAUAGAAUCACCAAAGAAGUCACCAAAGAAAUCGAAAUCAUCACCAGUUAAACUUAAAAAAGAAAAUGGACCAGAAUAUGAAGAUUCUCAAUCUUAUGACACUUCGAUAAUUAAUGAAUUACCUUCACUGAUUAAAGAAACAGUAUUGAAGGAGAUUGAAUAUAAGAAAAAAAUUAAAAAUAUGGAUGUUAAAUCAAUGAAGGAAAAAUUGACAAAAAAGAUAGAAGAAAGAAAGAUUAAUAUAGUAGUUAAUGAAGAUUGGAUAGAUAAUCAGCAAAAAGUAAAUAAUUUAAAUUUUUUAGGGAAUGAUGUUUUAUUAUCUGAUAUGAUUGGACAAUUACAAAAUUGGAUUAAAAAUUCAUUAGAUCAACAAGGUCCUCAUAUUGAUGAUGUGAAUUAUUUUGUGAAUUUCUUACUGACAUUAUUGGAAAACGAUGAUUUAAAUAAGGUUAUAAUUUUGAUUAAAGAGAUCAAGACUAAUUUAUCAUAUUUUGAAAGUUUGGGAACUGACGAGUUUAUCAAAGAUGGGAUACUCGAUUGGUAUAACCAGUUGAAUUCACAAAUUUUACCUGUGGUGAAUCACUACUGUCAAUCCAGAAAUAUAAUUUACGAAUUAUGA